AUGUUUGACUUGGUUUUCGGAAUAUUGGACGUAAGACAGGGUGUACGGCGUGCUCACAGGAUCCUAACCGUUGGAGAUGAGCCUGGCGCCUGUGCUUCAUUUGCCGAGUUACUUUCACGUGUGUACGACCUCAGAACGCUCCUCGUAGAGGUCGACGGCGCGUCGCCUCCUGGCGAGGGGGAAACACCGCGUCAGUGUGCGGUACAGAAGGAUGACCCGUACGUCGCACGUGUGCCUCUGGAAUGCAUGUUCGCCGAGAUACGCCGUCGCAACUGGUACCGUGGCGCGAUUCUGGACUUUUUUACACCUCCGGAGAGCGUGAAUUUCCUGGACGCAGCUACGGAUACGACACUUAUCUCCGGAGUACAUGUAAUCGUAUAUGUUACUUCCUACGCUAAAUACCGAACUGGGUUCCGUGCUGCCGUAGGGUUUUUCCGGACUAACCGCGACUGCGCUGCUUUCAAAUUCCUGGUUGUAGAUGUAUCUUCCGCGCAAAACGUACCCUACGUAGAUGCUGAGGCUGAGUUAAUGAGGUUUAUAGAAAGCGAACCCGAAGUUAGCGUCUACAAAGUGGAUUUGGACGACGAGCUACGCCGCGGUUUCUUAUCUCGCUCCAUUUUGGAUGAAGCAGUAAUGUGCAUAAAUAUGUACGGAGUUAAUUAA